AAAACACUCUCCUCCUUCCUCCACCGCCGCCAACGUCGCCUGGCGGCCGUCUGCAGCUCCGCGCCUCUGCUCGGAAGUUGGUGAAGGUUUCUUGAAGCUGAGAAGAUGGUGCUGAAGACAGAACUCUGCCGCUUCAGCGGCCAGAAGAUUUAUCCUGGGAAAGGCAUCCGAUUUAUCCGUGCUGAUUCUCAGGUUUUCCUUUUUGCCAACUCAAAAUGCAAGCGCUACUUCCACAACCGCCUGAAGCCUGCAAAGCUUACCUGGACAGCAAUGUACAGGAAGCAGCACAAGAAGGAUAUCCAUGCUGAGGCUGUCAAGAAGAGGCGCCGCGCCACCAAGAAGCCAUACUCGAGGUCCAUUGUGGGUGCUUCCCUAGAGGUGAUCCAGAAGAAGAGGGCUGAGAAGCCCGAGGUCCGCGAUGCUGCUAGAGAAGCUGCUCUUCGUGAGAUCAAGGAGCGCAUCAAGAAGACCAAGGAUGAGAAGAAGGCGAAAAAGGCUGAGGUGACCAAGUCCCAGAAGGCACAGACGAAGGGAGCGGUCCAGAAGGGUUCCAAGGGCCCCAAGUUGGGUGGUGGCGGUGGCAAGCGCUGAAAGAACCUAAGUGUCGUUCCUUGACCUUGCAAUUGCUCCUCCAUAGCCCACCUUGUUGCACCAACGCCACUUUUGUAGUACCUCGGUUAAUUUUGCAUUUUCUUUCAGAGUUGUUUGUGGGUUUUGAGUUCCAUCUCAAGAGAGUUGAGUUUAUUUAUCUUUAUAUUGGGUGAAAUGUUCAUAUGCUUUCCUCAGCUUGGAUGAUGGUUUGCUUUGUUUCUC